AGUCACAACAAAAAAUUAAUUUUCACUCGCCGAAUUUCCGUGUGUUAUUCAAUAAAAUUGUCGUUUAUGAUCGAUUUUUUCAAAAUUAAACGUGAAAAACGCGUUUAAUGGGACUUUAUAGCGCUUAGCUGGUGUUUGUAUGUAUUGCCUACACAUCAUUUCCACUCGGUGGUGAUUUUUUAAUUUUUCUAUCGACUUGAAGUUGGACUGCAACUGAAUUAGAAUGGCUAACGUAUCGUACCAAAUAGCUCAUUUACUUGAAAAAAUGACUUCGAGCGACAAAGACUUUCGAUUCAUGGCCACUAACGAUCUUAUGUCGGAACUGCAGAAAGACAGCAUUAAACUGGACGACGAUUCUGAACGCAAAGUCGUACGAAUGUUAUUAAAGCUUUUGGAAGAUAAAAACGGCGAGGUACAAAAUCUCGCUGUAAAAUGCUUGGGUCCUCUAGUGAUCAAAGUAAAAGAAAAUCAAGUUGAGACUAUUGUCGAUGCUCUUUGCACAAACAUGAUCUCCGAGAAUGAACAAUUAAGAGAUAUCUGUAGUAUUGGAUUAAAAACUGUUAUUAGCGAACUGCCCAUCACAAACACUUAUAUAGCCACAAAUGUGUGUAGAAGAAUCACAGGAAAAUUAACCAGUGCUAUCGAAAAACAAGACGUAUCGGUUCAAUUGGAAGCUUUAGACAUACUCGCCGAUCUAUUGUCAAGAUUUGGAUCAUUGUUACUGGAUUUUCAUCAGGUGAUACUCAAAUCACUUUUGCCACAACUUACUUCAUCUCGACAAGCUGUGAGAAAAAGAACUAUUGUGGCACUUGGUCAUCUAGUAUUGUCAUGUAACCAACAAUUGUACAGCAAACUCAUUGAUUAUUUAAUUAACGAUUUGUCAACACAACCUCCCGCAGCAAGGUCUAAGACAUCUAUUCAAUGUAUAGCCGCUAUAUGUCGACAAGCUGGCCAUCGCUUUGGUGUUCAUAUUGACCGUGCUGUGCCGUUGAUUCAAGGACCGUUAGUGGAGAAUAGCGCUGAAGAUGACGAGUUGCGAGAAUACUGUUUGCAGGCUUUUGACGCAUUCGUAAAUCGCUGCCCUAGUGAAACAGCUGCUUACACUAAUGAUAUUAUCAAGCUGUGUCUGGAGUAUUUAGCAUACGAUCCUAACUACAACUAUGAUGACAACGGUGAAAAUGGUGAUGAUAACUUCAUGGAUACCAACGAUGGAGAAGACAUGGAAGAUGAAGACGAUGAAGAUGAUUACUCGGAUGAUGAUGACAUGAGUUGGAAAGUCAGACGAGCAGCGGCUAAAUGUCUAGAAGGCAUUAUCGUUACAAGAAAAGAUUUGAUUGCUGAUAUGUAUAAAAACGUUUCAAAGUCAUUAAUAUUGCGAUUUAAAGAAAGAGAAGAAAACGUUAAAAGUGAUAUAUUGCAUGUUUACAUGGCGUUGUUGAAACAAACAAAACUGACUAGUAUUAAUAUAACUGUCGACAUAGCUGAUAAAGAUUCUGCCGUGUAUCUUCUCCAGUCUCAAGUUCCUUUAAUUGUAAAAGCAAUUUAUAUACAAAUGAAAGAAAGAAGUGUGAAAACUCGUACCGAUUGUUUAGCUUUAUUAAAAGAACUUGUCAUUGUUCUUCCUGGUGCUCUUACUAACCACAUUGGCACUUUAAUUCCUGGGAUUCAAUUUUCUCUGAGCGAUAAAAAAUCAAGCAGCAACAUGAAAAUAGAUACAUUAUCGUUUAUUCAUUGUGUGUUAACGUCACAUCCUCCUGAAAUCUUUUAUCCGUGGGCCGAACAGUUAAUUCCGUCGAUCAUAACUGCUGUUGGCGAUCCCUUCUAUAAAAUUACUGCCGAAGCACUUCUGGUGUUACAAGAAAUGGUCAAGGUUAUCCGUCCGUUGGAUCGUAAACAGGAUUUUAAUUUUACAAUUUACGCCAUACAGUUGUAUAAUUGUACUUAUUCACGUUUGAAGACUUCGGACAUCGACCAAGAAGUAAAAGAACGGUCCAUUUCGUGUAUGGGCCAAAUAAUCUGUAAUUUAGGUGACGUGCUUCAAAACGAGUUGCAAGUGUGUCUACCUAUAUUCUUAGAUCGUUUGCGCAACGAAAUAACCAGGCUAACAACUGUAAAAGCUCUCAUCAAAGUGGCUGGCUCGCCAUUAAAAAUUAAUUUAUCUCCUAUAUUAAACGAUGGGGUAGAGAUUUUGGCUUCUUUCCUUCGUAAAAACCAAAGGGCGUUGAAAUUGAGUACUUUGACUCUUCUUAAUAUGCUGUUAAACAAUUUCCAUGCCGAUUUCUCAGCAGAGUUGUUGAACAAGAUUCUCGUCGAAUUACCCCAAUUAAUAAACGAAUCAGAUUUGCACAUCGCUCAACUGACACUGUCUUUACUCACGACUAUAAUAAAAAUCCAACCGUUGGCCAUGUCGUAUUCUGCUAAUAUUAUUAUGCCGGAAGUCAUGACUUUAGCGAAGUCUCCAUUACUUCAGGGGGCAGCUCUCAACGCGAUUCUGUCGUUUUUCCAAUCUUUAGUUGCUUCAAACGUUCCACAGUUUGGGUACCAAGAUUUGGUGAAACUUUUAGUCUCACCGUUGAUGGCCCAGUCGACCGGUACCGCUUCGUUAACCCUACAUAAACAGGCUUACCAUUCUCUAGCCAAGUGCGUCGCCGCGUUAACAGCAACGCAACCCAGUCAAGCUAUGGGAAUCAUAAAUAGUUUUAUGUCGGAACUGAUAAGUCCAUCUAACGAUCAACAGCACAUCUUUUCACUAUAUGUAAUCGGCGAGGUUGGCCGACACAUAGAUUUAAGUUCAGUUCCGAAUUUAAAAGAAACUAUACUACAAUCUUUCUCUUCAAGUUCCGAAGAAAUCAAAUCAUCAGCGAGCUACAGUUUGGGUAGCAUAUCCAUUGGAAAUUUAGAGCAAUACUUACCAUUCAUAUUGAGAGAAAUUGAUAUGCAGCCGAAACGGCAAUAUUUACUUUUACAUUCCCUAAAAGAAAUAAUCUCGUUUGAAUCGUCCACUGCGAACGGCAUUGAAAAUCUAAAACCUUUCGUGCCCGCCAUAUGGCAACAGCUGUUCAAACACUGCGAGUGUACUGAAGAAGGUACCCGCAACGUCGUUGCCGAAUGCCUGGGCAAGCUAACAUUGAUCGACCCGUACAGUCUACUGCCAAACUUACAAUUGUCAUUAUCUUCGUCAUCUGCACUUAUGAGGACAACUCUACUGACGGCGGUCAAAUUCACCAUUUCAGAUCAACCACAACAAAUAGACUCGUUGCUCAGACAAAACAUGGGUCAAUUCUUAAGCGCUCUGACCGAUCCUGAUAUUAAUGUUAGAAGAGUUACGUUGAUUGCGUUCAAUUCGGCUGCGCAUAAUAAACCAUCUUUAAUCAGAGACCUUCUUGACACGGUUUUACCCAAACUUUAUGCCGAAACUAUUGUCAAGAAAGAAUUAAUCCGAGAAGUAGAAAUGGGUCCUUUCAAACACACUGUCGACGAUGGUUUGGACAUAAGAAAAGCGGCUUUUGAAUGCAUGUACACUUUGUUAGACUCGUGUCUAGACCGUUUGGAUAUAUUCGAGUACUUAAAUUAUUUGGAAAAUGGUCUUCGUGAUCAUUACGACAUUAAAAUGCUUACUUAUCUGAUGGUGUCAAGGAUGGCUCAAAUUGUUCCGAGCGCCGUAUUGCAAAGGCUCGAUAAGAUUGCCGAACCCUUGAAACAAACUUGUAUGUUGAAAAUCAAGGCCAAUUCUGUUAAACAAGAAUUUGAAAAAAUGGAAGAGCUCAAACGAUCAGCUAUGCGAGCUGUGGUCAAUUUACAAACGAUACCCGAUUCUGAUAAAAAUCCACACUUGAGUGAUUUUGUGUGCCAGAUAAAGAACUCGCCUGAAUUAAAUGCGAUCUAUGAAUCGGUACAGAGAGACAGUUCCGGUAUAUUAAUUGAUAAUCAUUCUAAUGCAAUGGAAGUUGGUGAAUAAACAGUUGAUAUAUAUUUCAUGAACUUAUCACGGCUACAAUAAUUAAUUGGUACAUUUUUAAAACAUUUUUUUUAACUGUAUUUUUAUAAAAAUAAUCGGGAAGUUUGUAUAUAUUGAUAGUAAUUGUAUACUCGAGGUUUUUAACCUAAAAUUCAUUUUUCAUGUACCAUUUGAAUAAUUCAUGAGUAAUUAUUAUUAAUUUCUAAAAUAAUUGAUAAUUUUUUAGUAUAUUGUCAUAAAAAAAAAGUGAAACUGUCACAUGUUUUAAUGUUAUUUUCAUAAUGAAAAUCCAAAAUGUUACAUGUUAAGUACAAGUGUGUUUGAUA